AUGUCAACACAGCCGCAUCUCGAGCCCAUGCGCGGCUCGACGGUCUACAUCCCCUUCAUACUCCGUUUCCUCUACGACCUGGUCGUCCUGGGUUUCUACUGCAGCCACGUCUGGCGCUGCCCGGCCCACAAGCUCAGCGCGCUGUACAGCACGCAGAUCGAAGCGGCCGUCGCCCGCCGCCGCAGGGCCACGGGCCAACAAUCCCGUCCCGACCCCGCCCUGCGUCUCUUGGACAUUGGCGUGGGCACCGGCUACCACCUGGGCAAGGCACCGCCGCUCCCGCCGGGGUCGGACCUGGUGCUGGCGGACCUGAAUCAGAACUGCCUCGAGGCGGCGUCGGCGCGCGCGGCCGAGACGCACAAAGACGCAAGGAUCCGUACGCUGAUUGCGGACUUUCUCGAACUGCGCGAGGACGCUGAGCUGGCCCUUUCCCUGCGCCGUCUCGCGUCGCUUGGGGGCCGGGCGGCGCCCGGGUUCGACGUCAUCUCAUGCACGUUUCUGCUUCAUUGCCUGCCCGGCCCGCCGAGGCUGAAGGUCGAGGCCUUGACGCGCCUGGGCGGCCGCCUCCUGGCCAAGGAUGGUGUGCUUACCGGCGCCACCAUCUUGGGAGACGGCGCGGCUCAUAACAUCAUCGGUCGGUUCAUCAUGCUGUGGCACAAUCUGACGGGUGUGUUUAGCAACAAGGACGAUGACGUUGAUACUUUUGUCAAGGGGUUGGAGAAAGGAUUUGAAAAGCUGGAGUGGGAGGUUGUCGGGGCGGUGUUUGUAUUCAAAGCCAGCGGUGUUAGGCAGCCAGAUGAUAGACAGUCUAGCUGA